CUAAGAGACGCGAGGAUCGCAGAGGCCACAGCAGUUGGCCUCUCGCUGGCCCUGCCCGCAGAUCCCGAGUAGAGAACGCGAGCACCGCCACGCCCGCCUGCGAGCUCCCAAGCGCACCCGGCCUCUCCUGCUCGGCGGAGCGAGGAUAACCCCGGAGAGCCGGCCCCAGGGAAAUUAUCGGUAAUAAGGCCCUUGUAACCAUGGCUAGUUCCGACGUGAAACCAAAAUCAAUAAGUCGCGCCAAAAAAUGGUCAGAAGAGAUAGAAAAUCUUUACAGAUUUCAACAAGCGGGAUAUCGGGAUGAAAUUGAAUAUAAACAAGUGAAACAAGUUUCUAUGGUAGACCGCUGGCCAGAGACAGGAUAUGUGAAGAAACUUCAGAGAAGGGACAAUACAUUCUAUUACUACAACAAACAGAGGGAAUGUGACGACAAGGAGGUCCACAAAGUGAAAAUUUAUGCUUACUAGCCUGUCUUCUUUGUGUUGCUUGUCGAUCAUAUUUUAAGAACUCAUCAUUUCCUUCUACAUCGUGUAAAUGUUUGUCAUUUUAGGAAAUAAUGCAAAAUGCAGUCUUCAGUUUAAUGUUUGGUGAAACACAAAGCCAUGAGAAUUGGUAUCUGUUCAUCACCUUGUCCUGUUCUAGGAACCAGCUGCAGAUGCAUUAAAGUUGUGCCUUCUCAGUCCUGC